AUGGCUUCAAACGAUAAAGAGACGGCGUCGCCACAACUCUCGGCGGAUAAUUCAACACUGGUUCUUGACGUUGCUUCCUCUCCCGACCGCCAAGCCACCGACAACAAGCCCCAACGUUCAUCUUUCAAGCAUCUCUUCUCCUUUACAAGAUGGAAUCAUGCGGGACUACUCGUUGCGGCGGUCGUUGCAUCUGCCGCCUUUGCUUCAAUCAAGUCGGUCCAAUCGAUCAUCUUGGGCAAGAUAUUCGACGUCGUUUCCAACUUUGGGGCUGGCCAUCGCUCUGGCAAUGAAACCAUGGACCAGAUAUCACACUGGGCCUUGAUACUACUGGGCAUGGGCAUCGGAAAUUGGGCUGCAAGCACGGCUUUUCUGGCGCUAUGGUCCAUCUUUGGAGAACUGCAAGCCAACUCCAUCCGCCAAGGCGUCUUUCAAAGCCUACUCUCCAAGAAGAUGUCUUGGUACGAUUCUCUAGACCAAGGAGUCUCCAGCCUGCUGGUUAGAAUCCAAACACAGACUCGGGAGCUUCAGCUGGCGGCAUCACAUGUCCUCGGACUCUUGGUCGCCGACAUCAUUCUUUCCCUCGUUUCUCUCGCUAUAGCCUUCUCUCAUUCCUGGAAACUCACCUUGAUUCUACUUGCAACCCUACCCAUAUCCAUGUUGGCCUUGUCAUUAGCAACCAGGCGGCUAGAUCCGGCAAUCCAAGCUCAGAAGCGUGAUCUAGAGACCGCGUCAAAGUUUGCUACUUCGUCUAUCAAAGCCAUCGCCAUUGUCAAAGUUUUCAACGGAUACGACCGCGAGCUCUGGCAAUAUUAUGAAGCCGUCAAGUCGGCGGGUAGGCGAUACUUGAUACAGGCUCAGUGCAAUUGCCUCCAGAUGAGCUAUGUCGCCUUCUGGGUCGUUGGCAUGUUUAUAGCGGGCUUUUGGUAUGGAACUGUUCUCGUCGAUGGAGGGCUGACGCCUGGCCAAGUCAUGACUACCUUUUUUUCUGUCCUUUCGGCAUUCCAGGGAAUCGAGGCAUUGCUACCGCAUUGGCUUGUGUUAUCCAAGGGCAUGUCGGCGGGCUCCUUUCUUUUAUCCAUAUUGGAGAAAAAUGACGAACCAACUGUCGAUGAAGACGGCAAUCGGACGCAGCCUGCUACUUGCGUUGGAAAUGUGGACUUGGUAGAUGUCACUUUUGCAUAUCCUUCCAAUCCCACAAAAGUGGUUCUCAACAAAUCAUCCUUUUCUUUCUCAGCAGGCCAACUCACAUUCAUCGUUGGUAGAAGCGGGUCCGGCAAGAGCACGAUCGGCAAUCUCAUUGCUCAAUUUUAUGAGCCUUCAUCUGGACUCGUCUGUUUAGACGGGCAGCCCCUGACGAGCUUGGACCCGAGUUGGGUCCGAUCCAAGAUUGCUCUAAUACAGCAAUUGAGCGUGGUGUUUGACGACAGCUUUUUCAACAAUGUGGCUAUCGGCCUCGGUGAUCCAGAGAAUGUGACAAGAGAAGCCGUUUCCUCUGCUUGCGAAUUUGCAUUGCUACAAUCUACACUUAGCGGCCUUCCAGAAGGCCUUGACACGCGCAUCGGUUCACACGGGCUUGAGCUAAGUGGAGGUCAAAGACAAAGAGUUGCGCUUGCCCGAGCAAGAAUUCGAGAUCCAGCUGUGCUUAUCCUUGAUGAAGUGACGAGUAGUCUGGAUCAAAUCAACAGAGGCUUGGCGAUAGAUGCUAUCAGAGAGUGGCGACGAGACAAGACAACCAUCAUCAUCACUCACGACAUCAGUCAGAUUGAAGACGAAGACUUUGUUUAUGUGAUGGAAGAUGCUUCUUUGGUGCAACAGGGACUACGAAGCGAGCUGGCCUUGUCUUCAGUUGGGCCCUUUGCAGCUAUGACGUGUCAGGAUCCCGUUAAGUCUCCCCCCUCUUCUACGCCGACCGAGGUGGAAGAUGCCAGUCCUCCUCGUCCGUUUACGCUCACAGAGCGAGAUGUUGACGGCAUAGAUCCAGCCUGGCACCGGCUAUCCCAGUAUAAGGCUCUGGGAGCUGGAACAGAGUUUGCUUUGAAACUAAGAAAAGAGCAGAUAUGGGACAGCUCCGAUACCGAAGAAAGACCACAGACAGCCGUUGGAGCUACACGCUACUAUGAAACCGAGAAGAGGGACUCCUACAACUCUUUUGACGAAUACUUUGGACUACCUCGUAGAUGCAGCGCACCAGAGGCUGGUCGUAUGCCUUAUUCAGGAAGCGAUUACAAGAUGGACUUCUUUGACGAUUCAGGGUACAACACAGACGAACUAUUAUAUGUGUUUGGAAAAGCAGACCGUCGAGAGAAUAUUUCUAGUUUACGACUCGCCUCUGGCCGUGAGCUACCCUCGGAUAUUAGCAACGACGUACUUUCAACCAACAAAUGUGCAAAGCCGAGCAGUCUACUGGCGACUCUAGGCACGGUUUGGCCAACGCUCAAACCAUUUGAUCGAAUAUUGUUCAUUUUAGGAAUCGUGGUUUGCUUUAUCAGCUCAGCAGCAAUGCCAUUGUUCUCAUUCUGUCUCGCAAAGCUCUUUGGAGCCCUAUUCCUGCCAGUCAACAGGACAGUCGAGGCGAAAAAAUGGGCUCUAUAUCUGGUGGCGAUAGCCAUCAUUGACUCUGUCUCCACGGGCGGCGGUCACUAUUUGAUAGAAAGAACCGGCCAGUCCUGGGUAAACUCCCUUCGGUUGGAAGCUCUGAAGAAAAUCCUGCGGCAGCCAAAGUCGUGGUUUGACAAGGAGGAGAACUCGGCCAGUCGAAUCAACGAGUGUCUUGACAGAAACGCUGAGGAGACGCGAAACAUUGUUGGGCGAUUCAUUCCUAUCUUCAUAAAUACCUUUGGCAUGAUUGCUAUUUCUCUCUUAUGGGCUCUUUCAAUAUCCUGGAAACUCACUCUCGUCGCGCUUUCGCCCCUGCUUUUGAUGAUUGGCGCUGUCAAGGGGUAUACCGUGCUCAGUGGCAAGUGGGAAACCAGAUGCAAUCAAGGAGCCACCGACUCUGGCGCAAUUUUAAACGAGACGUUUGUCAAUAUCCGUGUCGUGCGAGCACUGAUGCUUGAAAAGUACUUUAGCGCAAAGUACCAGAGGCUCAUAUCACAUACCCUUAGCCUGGGGAUGAAGAGGGCAGGCUAUACUUGCGGACUAUUUGGCUUAUACCAAUCAAUGAGCUAUCCCAUGACUGCCUUGGUGUUCUAUUAUGCUACGCUCUUGCUGGCCAAGGGUGACGGCGUCACCACCACACAGGUACUACAAGUCAUCAACUUAUUACUAUUUAGCAUUGGAAGUUCAACCGGUGCUCUGAGCAGUAUGCCUCAACUAACAAUGGCCCAAGCAACCGCAACACAACUCCUAGCCUACGCAACAAUGCCAAUAGACUCAGAGGAAGAAAGCCAAGAAGGCAUCAAGACCUCAACGCCUCUACCCAUCGAAUUCAAAGACGUCCAAUUCUCAUACUCACAGUCCCCCAACUCCCGCGUCCUCCGUGGAGUCUCCUUCGACAUCACCCGCGGAAGCUGCACCGCCAUCGUCGGCUCCUCAGGAUCUGGCAAAUCAACAAUCAUAUCCCUCCUCAUGGGCCUAUACUGCCCAUCAAAAGACACAGCAUCGCUCACCUACGCAGGCAUUCAAUUCUCCAAGCUCGACAAACAACAUCUCCGCUCAACAAUGGCCUACGUCUCACAAACACCACAUCUCUUCCCAGCAACCAUUGUCGAAAACAUUGCCUACGGCCUCCCUAAAGACUCUCCCCUCAGAAACAGCCUCAACGUAUACGCUGCCGCUCAAGCAGCCGGCAUCCACGACUUCAUCACAUCCCUCCCCGAAGGCUACGCCACGACGGUCGGCGACGGCGGAAUCUCUCUUUCAGGAGGCCAAGCUCAGCGUCUUAGCAUCGCCCGCGCACUCGUUCGCCAGCCGAAGCUCCUCGUUCUAGAUGAGCCGACGAGUGCGCUCGACGCAGAGUCUUCGGGUAUGAUCCGUGAGACGGUUCGGGGGCUUGUAGAGCGGGCUAAGGAGCAGGAGGGCGAGAUGGCUAUUGUGGUGGUUACGCACACGCCUGAUAUGAUGCAGAUUUGUGAUAACAUUGUCAUGAUUGAUGGUGGAGUCAAGGUCGAAGAGGGCAGUUAUGAGGAGCUGAUGAAGGCCAGGGGCCCAUUUAGACAUCUCAUUAGCAGGGGUGAAUGGCAUGGAGGAGAGGAAUCUUGA